UAUUGAUAUUGGAAAAGCAGUGGAAUGGUGAAAGUCAGAUAAAAUGCCUCGGUGCUUUUCCAUUUGUGUAUGGAUUUAUUUAUUUGGAUUCUUUAAGGAAAAAUCACUCCAAGAAGGGUCUGCUUUAAUGCAAUGGUCAGAUUGGAGUCCCUGCUUUGGUCGGUGCAGUGUUAAAUUUCAGGCAAGGAGUUGUUCGAAGGGUUGCGUUGGUGACCAAAAUAUAGAGAUUAGGGAGUGUUCAACACAUGAAAACUGUUCAGCUUAUAGAGUGCGGCUUUCCCAUAAUCUUUCUUUUGCCGCUAAACUGAAGCUUGAUGGGUAUGUGAACAACACUUGGACGCCCGUUUGCCAUCCAGUAGGCAUUGUUGAUAGACUUUGCCAGAUCCAAGGCUUUGAGUCAGCUGAGAAUAACGCAAACUGCGAUAUGAUCCAGACUCACCGAUAUGGCAACACAACUUGUGGCACUCUUCAAAGAAUGAUUUCUAAUUGUAGCGAACCUCACAGAGUUGCCGCUGUAUGUAAAG